AACAUUUGUAUAAGUAUUUCUACAUGGAUAAUUCCAAGAAAUUAAGUUGCUAGCUCAAGGGGUAUGGACACAUUAAUUUUAAUACACUCUAUAUUUUUCUUGUUUAUUGCCUGCCUCCCCACCUCACACACACACACACACGCUAAAUUAUAAAUUCCACGAAGGCAAGGGCAUUAUUUUGCUUUAAACUAUAGUUCCAGCUUCCAGAACAGUGGCUGGCGUAGUAAGAGAAUAAUCAAUAUUUGUGUCAGAAAGGGAGAGCAGGAGAAAAAAAUAAGCAUUUCCCACCCAUCAGAUUGGCAAAGAUCAAAAUAUUUUAUAACAUUGUGUUGACAAGUAUAGGUAAGCAAUAUCGCUAGUAAGUUCUAUGACUGGUAAUUUGGCACUAACAAAAGUACAAAUGCCCCUACUCUGUCUAGUAAUAUUAUUUCUAGGAAUACAUCCUAUGGAUAUAUCCUUACACAUGAGAAAUGAUGUAUGUUCACAGUAAUUUAUUUCAGCAGCUUUUGAAAAAGGAAAGACUGGAAACAACCUACAUGACCAUCAAUGGGGUAAUUAUUAAUAAAUGAUGGCACAUAUAAACAAGUGGAUACUAAGCAAUUGUUUAAAAAAAGAAAAAAGAGCAAGAUCGAGGAAGCCCUUUAUGUACAAUCUCCAAAAUCAAUUGGUAGGAGGGAAAAAAGCAAGGUGCAGAAAUGUUACCAUUUGUGUAGGGGAGAGAAAAGCGAGGGUAAUAAAUAUCUGCGUGAUAUAUUUACAGAACCAUAUAUACUUAGAUAGGUCACGAAAAACAUUGGUUAUCAAAACCAGAUGGGGACAUUUCUUCUUUUUAAAUACUGAACCAUGUGAAUACAUUAUUCAUAUUACUUAAUAAUUAAACCGAAAAAAAAUCUUGAGAUGGAAAAAGUUUUCUAAAAAGAGCAAAGAAGCGGUGCUUGCGGGCCCCGCAGCCCCAUCAGUUAAACGCACAGGAACCAGGUCCUCCACCCGCUAGGGCUGAGGGAAGCCCGGCCGCCGCCACCGAGGCGAGGCUUCCUAGAGUGGCCCGGAAGUGCCCGGCUGACAGGGGCAGGGCGCCGAUUGGUCGGUUUGAGUCGAGCCUUUUGUUUGGUGCUGCCCAAAGGACUCUAGCUUUCGCACCUGUUCCUCUCCGCUUGUGAGAUAGAGAUUAAUCGCCUGAAAAACUGCCCAGAAUGGCCACAGCCCUGGAACCUGAGGAACAAAAAGGACUUCUAAUAGUCAAGGCAGAAGACCCUUACUGGGGACAGCACUCCAUCUCACAAAAGUACAGUCCUCACAGAAGGGAGCUCUUCAGGCAGCACUUCAGGAAGCUCUGCUAUCAGGAUGCACCUGGCCCCCGUGAAGCUCUCACUCGGCUCCAGGAGCUUUGCCGCCAGUGGCUGAGGCCAGAAUACCACACCAAGGAGCAGAUUUUAGACCUGCUGGUGCUGGAACAAUUCCUGAGCAUUCUUCCUAGGGAACUGCAAGCAUGGGUGCAGGCGCACCAUCCAGAGACUGGAGAGGAGGCGGUGACUGUGCUGGAGGAUCUGGAGAGAGAGCUUGAUGAACCUCGAAAGCAGGUCCCAGCCAAUUCAGAAAGACAGGACACACUUUUGGACAAGUUGGCCCCCUUGGGAAGGCCACAUGAGUCACUGACUGUCCAGCUCCAUCCCAAGAAGACCCAGCAGGAGCAAGAAUCUGGGGCGCCCCAAAGGAAUGUUCUGGAGCCUGGAAAGUACAAGAUCAAAGGUGCCAAUAGGGUUGGUUUCUGGUGAUGAAACCAAGACUAAGAAUGAAGAGUUGUCCCAAAAGGAAGAUAUGCUCAAACAC